AUGAGCGGUUACGAGCCUCGCUUUGCUGCUUCGGCGGCCAGCGUUGGGUCAAACACUGGGCUUCGAGGCCACGCUCAAGCUCCAGCUGGCUCUCAUUUUUCCGAAGGUCCUGCUAGCACUGGCAAUGCCUCGCCAACACAAGGCGCGUCUGCACCCCCUGCUCAGCCUAAACAACCGUUCUACAAGACGAGGCGUUUUAUAAUUUCUCAACUAAUUAUUAUACCUCUUGGGAUCGUGAUUCUUUUCGUUCUACUUUUCCCCGUGGUCAAGGCUGUCGCUCAGCUCGUCGUAAAUCGGGCUACUCUAGAUAUUCAGGUAGCAGCAAUCACGGCUCCCACCAACAAUUCUUUUAUGCUGGCUAUGCAAGGCAAUGUCGCCCACACUGGCUUCAUACCGGCGUCGAUCAAUUUCCAAGAGCCAGUCGACGUUACGUGGAUCAGAGAUGAUGGCUCUCAAAUUCCAAUGGGACAACUUUCGCUCGAUUCUCUUCACGCACGCAAUAAACGCGCGAAUAUAAACCAAACAGCGACGCCGUUCACGAUAGUCAACGAGACGGCGUUCAGUCUUUUCUCGGCCCAUUUAAUUACUGAUCAAAACUUUACCUGGCGACUGGAGAGUUCCAACCUUCGCGUUCAGGCUGCGAAGUUCCCUGUCUCGAAGGGCAUCAAAUUCAAGAAGGACAUUACGAUGAAAGGUUUCAACAGCUUCUCUGGAAACGUCGCCAUCCAGGAAUUCCAACUUCCCAGCGACAACCCUGCGGGUGGUAUCGAUUUUGUGGCAGUCACUGCGUUGAGCAAUCCGAGGCGAGUUGCAUUCAACCUCAACCUUGGCACAACUAUUUUUGCGUUGAGCUAUAAAAAUGUUUCUCUCGGUCUGGGCACAAGCACUAAUACCGUAAUCGCUCCUGGGAACAACACGAUCACGCUGAGGGGUGUGCUCGAAAAACACACUGACCCAAAUGAGAUAGCAGUUAUCUCGGAGUUGUUCACCAAUUACCUCAAUAGCAAAGUGACACCUGUCCUUGCAACUGGCGUCUCCACGUUACAAGCAGAUGGAUCCGCCAUCUCGUGGCUCAGUGCGGGUCUCAAAGCACUCAACUUGAAUGUCCCUCUCGUCCCGCCAACUCCGAUCAACCCCAUCAACGCCAUCUCGAUCGGUAAUUUCGACCUUGCCUUCUCCCAAGACAAGCCAUGGAGUCCUUCGGCCACGAGCAACACCGUGACCGCUGCGUUGGGAUUGCCCUUCGGUUUCAGCGUUUCGAUUGGGCAAAUCCAGAAUACGUUCGACAUCAAGAUGAUGGAUGACCGCACUGUGGCUGGUUUAUCUACACCGCUGGGAGCGUCGACCUCGAAGAUCGCUGUUUACGGGCCAACCAACAUCACUGGCCAGGUCGACAUCAGCAUCAACAACACAAAUUUGAACUCCGCAGACGUCGACCACCCCACGUUCGCGGCUUUCAACAAAGACUUGACGAACAAGGAUGUUGCGCCUUUCCGUCUCGUUGGCCAUUCCCGUGCCGUUGCUACGCUGGCCCUUGGGACUAUCACUUUGGAUCCUAUCAACGUGAAUGUGACAACUUCCCUGAAAGGUCUUCAAGGCCUCAAAGGGAUGGUGACCAUUGGAUCAGUCGACGUACAAGGCGGAACUACUGAUGGAAUAACCCUUGGAAUCCAAGUAUCUAUCAACAAUCCGUCCAACUUAAAGCUCGCCAUUGGCGAUCUGACCCUGAACCUUUUGCGGGACGGUGCCAACAUUGGUACAGCUGUUAUUCCCAACUUGACUUUGAAUAUGGGAGUGAACAACGUUACUUCGAAAUCAACAUUCAAGGCCAAUGCGAGCCCCCAAGGCCUUCAAACGCUCAACGAUUUCGUCGGCGGCAAGGAUGUGCAACUUAGCAUUGCCGGAUUCGACCAAUCCACCAAGGUUGCUUCGUUGGCGGAUGCGUUAGGAUCAAUCGACGUAUCUGCUAACCUUCCAGCUCUCAAGACGAAACUGUUGGAUACCGCGGCCCUGGAAAUUUUGACGAGCACCGGACGCUCGAGUAACAUCAGCCAUGUUACUGUCUCCCUUGCCAACCCAUUCACGACCCCGUUGCAAAUUACAAGCAUCAAGUCAACCGUCUCUGCAUUUGGAAUCAACCUCGGCACAAUCGAUUCCAAAACUGGCUUUGCCAGCCCGGGCAAAGCGACGACAAAAUCGCCGCCCUUGGAGCUCAAUAUGAACGUCGAGCCUUCCACAUUGUUCUCGCUCACUCGGCGUCUUGCUCUCGAAGCGGGUUUAAAUGUCGACCCUCUGGAUCAGAUUGUCCAAAUUGGCGGUAUCUCGUACCUUCCCGCUGCCGCCACAGGCUCGUCCCCAAUCCGCCGUCAUUUCAGUCGUGACACCAACGUCUUUACUGGCUUCAAUCUGCCUAAUUUCGUCCAAGCGGCCUUCAAGAAACUUCAAUCGGAUGUUGAGCUGACUGCGGGUGUUAACAUUGGAGACUAUGCUACCUCGUUGACUUACAGUCAAACGGGACUCCCGACCAACACAGAUGAUACCCUCAACCUUAUCCUUCCGGUUCUCGCGCAGCCUAUCGUACAGAAGCUAGUCGGAGGUUCUAAACUUGGUCUCGACACAAUCUUGAUCAAAAAUCCUGCUCAAGAAGCGUUCACUGCCCAGUUGAAAGGAGCAAUCACGAACGCUGGUCCUUUUGACGCUUCGAUUGCUUUCGCAGGGCAAGGCCUGACCGUCAAUUGGAAUGGUGGUGCGAUUGGUCACAUCAAGAUGGACCCUCUCAAAGUUGUGGCUGACGCUGGCGCGACCUUGGAUACCUCGUCGACCUUCUCUGUCGCAGAUGCCGGUCGUCUCACGGACUUCACCAAGGCUUUAUUGACACAGGAGAGCUUCGACUGGCAAAUUAGUGGUGAUAACCUCACAGUUUCAGCCCUCGGCAUCGACGUGACAUCCAUUUCUGCUGCCUACAGCGUGUCACUCAAAGGCUUCAACGGUUUGAAGGGUGGCGUAGUCAUCAAGACCUUCGACCUGCCGUCAGACGAUCCAGCGGGCGGAAUUCAUCUUACCCUUGAUGCAACUGCAGCCAACCCAUCUCAAGUUGGCAUAGAGCUCUCCUCUCUCAGCUUCGACACAUUCGCCAGCGAUACAAAGAUUGCCUCUGUCUCGACUGGGUCUGUUACGCUUGCACCGGGAGCUACCUCGCAACUGGCUCUCACUGGUCGCCUCCUCCCACAAUCAUCUGCCGAAGGACUCGCAGUGGUCUCCGAUGUGUUCAACAGAUUUGUUCAAGGGCAAAAUAGUGAUGUCGUUGUUCACGGUGUUGGUGCUGGGUCGAGCAGUGUCACGUGGCUAAAUGACGGUAUCAAAGCUCUUCAGGUCGCCACCGUUCUCCCGAACCAAGGCAAAUUGACCGUCAUCAAGUCGAUCUCGCUCAACCAGCUAACGCUCGCCUUCACCGAGAGCACCGCUUACGGACCAUUGGCAUCAACAUCGAAUACUGAGGCUGCAUUCACGCUUCCCUUCGCCUUCCCAAUCGAUAUCACAUCGUUACAACAAACUAUUCACGUUGGGUACCAGGGUAACGAUAUAGCACAGCUGGCUAUUCCUCAAGCCCCUGCGAAGACGGAUGUGGGUUCCCGAAUCAUUCACCUCACCUUCGAAGAUGUUGCUUUCGCCGCAGCUGAUGGGAUGCACUCGCAAUUUGAUGGCUUCGUUGCGGAUACCACUGUCGGAAAUCAGGUUACCCUCAAGCUGUCUGGCUCUGCUGCCGCAGACGCAAGGACUGCUGUCGGUGUCCUUGCUCUGAAAGGCAUCGACUUUUCUGUGGAUUCAACAAUCGCUGGCCUUCAAGGUCUCAACGCGAGACCCAUCACUGUUGCCAAUCUUGAUGUCAAACACGGCUUCUCAGACUAUCUGCUCAUUACGGUUGAUUCUGCGCUGUUCAACCCUAGCAACUUAACGAUUGGCACUGGCGACGUUUCUUUCAAUCUUCAGUUCCAGGAUCAAACCAUUGGCAGCGCUGACCUUGCCAAACUCGUGAUUACACCUGGAAACCGCAGCUACCCUAUCGAAGUGCACUACGCUCCCCAAGGGUCGAGCGCUUUGACUGCUGGAAAGGCUCUGCUUCAGAACUAUAUCCAAGGUGUCAACUCUGAUACUGCCAUUGGGGGCUCAACCAGCUCGACGCCUAUCCAAUCACUAAAACAAGCGUUGUCCAAAAUCCAUCUCUCACCCGUCACCAUUCCUGCGCUUCACCAAAACUUGAUUCGGUCCGCUUCGAUCAAGUUCCCGACUAAUAUCGUCCAAACCGGCAUUGCCCAAGCUACAUUCAUUUUGGAUAAUCCAUUCACUGCCAGCAUUAACUUGCUCAAGGUCAACACCGUAGCAACUUUCCACGGUGUGCCCUUGGGAACUAUCGACGCAGAUGUGUCCGCCAACCCGAUUCAUGCGGACGGACACGGGUCUGUGACAUCGUCCCCAUUACCGCUGAAAUUCAACCUAAACCCACUCGCUAUCAUUGGGUUGCUUACCACGCUUGCGCAAGAAAACAACGUCAAUCUCGGACCACUGAUCCCUCUCUUCCAAUACGUUGUCAGCAACCCUGAUAUCAAGACAACUGUCACAACAGCCGUCGACCUCACUCCGUCGACCUGCGUCAGCGGACAACAGUUCGAUUUCGCUGCGGCCAUUCUGACCGACCUGAAGAACUUGAAAGCGGAUCUCGCCGUCCAGUCUGGGUUGAAGCUCGACGAUUAUGCCACCGACCUCUCCUUCUCGCAGAAAACCGUCCCUAUCCAGACUGACAUGACUGCUCUGUUCCUCAUCGGUGCGGUAGCUGCCCCAGUCGCCCAGCAUUUGGUCGAUGGUGCCAAUUUGGCGUUCUCACAAGCUAACAUCACCAAUAUCUCGGACGAAGGGUUCGAUUUGUCGCUUCAAGGUUCCAUCACCAACAUCGGCCCUCUUGACGCCACUAUUACCUUUGUGGAUCCCUUAACCGUUACUUGGGAAGGUCAAAACAUCGCUCAGAUCGCCUUACCCCCUGUGUGUGUGGCUGCCAACACUGGUCUCCCCAACUAUUCCACUAAGGCGCGAUUGACUAUUACGAACUCCGGUGCAUUCACCGAGUUCGCAACCAAGAUUCUGCACGAUGCAGAAUUCACGUGGACGGUCACGACUCCUAAACUCCGUCUUCAGGCUUUGGGAACCAUCUUUGAUAAUGUGCAACUCACCAAAGAUCUGAAGUUCAAAGCUUUCAACAACCUUCCUGGCGUUACGAUCAGCAACUUCCAGCUGCCUUCUGAUGACCCCGCCGGCGGAAUCCAUAUCGAAACUGACUCUUUGAUUCCUUCGACAGCUCAACUUGGUCUGGAUCUUGGCACCGUCACUUUCUCCAGCUCGUUCCAAGGAGUCGAAAUCGGCCCUCUCGCCGCCAGCAAUCUAUUCCUUGCCCCCACUGCGACCACCAAGACUCAUCUCACUGGCCGUAUCACGCCGAAGAGCGGCUCUGACUUGGACACGAUUGGCGUUUUAUUCAGCAACUACCUUGCUGGCAAGAAUCAAACGUUGGCAGUCAGUGGCCAGUCGGUGCAGCCGAGUGGAUCCUCUGGCCCCGUAGCAUGGUUGAGCGCUGCCUUCAAGACUCUCACUCUCGAUGUUACUCUUCCCGGGCAGACCUUCACAGUUAUCAACGCUAUCACAAUCAACCAGAUUGCGUUAACUAUGGUCAACCAGGACCAGGCCUCCGCAGCAUUGUCUUCUUCGGACAAUACGUUGGCCAAGUACAAGAAUCCAUUCGGCUUCUCAUUGCAGGUUGUCGAAGCUGGUGAAGAACUUCUCCUGAGUGAACUUGGUCUCGACAUCGCGAGGUUGUCACUCCCCAUGGCCCCCGUGGACGCUGGUGUCUCUACUGGCAACGAGGCGGACCUUCACAUCACUUUCAAGGACCAACCGUUGACUGCCGCGACCGACAGUGGAUACCAACUCCUUUUGGCGGUCGCGCUUUUGACGCCUUCGACGCAAUUCGUGAUUUCAGGCAAUGCAAACGUGUUUGCAAAGACAACAAUAGGAAAUGUCCCCAUUUCGGGCAUCCCCUUCAAUGUUGAUUCCACGAUUGUGGGCAUCAACUCGUUCAAUAACAAAGCAACUUUGGCGGAUGUCGCUAUUACUGGCAGCGGUGGCGCAGGAGGCUCAGAAUUCAUUGUCGUGCCUCUCACUACUACACUCCAGAAUCCCUCGAACAUUUCUCUGAAGACCGUGGACAUCUCAUUGCCUGUCAUUUACCAGGGCGUUAGCAUCGGGCGAGCAGCGAUAAAGGAGUUGGACCUUGUUCCAGGUGAAAAUAAGGUGGCGACCGAGUUCCACUACGGCCCUGCAGAUGCCAACAACACUGUCGCGCAAGCCUUCGUUACCAACUUCAUCCAGGGCAAUGCUGUGAUUCCGUUGGCAAUCCAAGGUGAUCUGCAAAGUACUCCAUUCGCGUCGCUUGCGCCAGCGUUAUCAAGUUUGGCGCUGUCUACUGGCGUGCCAGGUCUCGGUCAGGCGAUCCUCAUCACACAUAUCAAUGUGUACAUUACCCUGGAGUCGCUGGUGACCAACAUCGUCAGCAUUGACUUCGAUUUCCAAAAUCCUCUCGAUACUGAAAUAACCAUCAAACACAUCCAAGUCGACAGUGGUCUGAACGGCAUCAUCUACGCGUUCGUCACGACCGACAUGGACUUCACCAUUCCCGCCCAUGGCACUGCCAACUCUGGCAACAUCGGCAAUGUGUUGUUGACGCAAGGAGCGAUUGCCUCGCUGGCCAUCAUUCCCGAGCAGAAGUUGGACCUCUUCGCGGCAUCCACGGUUCAAGUUGGUAAGGGCGGUUACACGCUUCCUUGGCUCAAGAUUACGGAGUCGAGCGUGCCGACUGCUUACUCCCUCCAACUUGGCUUGGCCGCGAUGCAGAAGGCUGCAACAACGAUAGCCGCCAGCUCGUCAGCGGCGCUCGCCAGCUCUGCAGCGGUAGUUGUGUCAAGUGCAGUCGAAGUCAAAUCUCAAGAUAACACUAAUACCCAACCAACAAAGGCCCCUGAGGCACAGGAGCCGGCGGAGUCCAAGCCCGCGGUGGUGGCCGCAUCCAAUCCGGCACCCGUCUCGUCUGCUGCUUCGUAG